UCUUUUCUUCCCUUUUCCUGUGCUUUUGCCUCUUUUCAUCUCUCCAUUCUUCCCUUGUUGGAAUAAAACUUCCCCUGUUUUUAUUCUUUCUUUUGCUUCUUUCGGGUUCCUCUCUUUCUUUUUUCUUGCUUUCUAUUUUUUUCUUUCCUUUAAAAUGUUUCAUGUUCUUUUUUGAUCCAGGACCAGGUUCUUCUUGAUUCUCUUCCCUGUAUAUUACUUGUGGAAACUUCUUUCUUCAGCUUCAAGUCCUGGAAUUUGCUUUCAAAUGGUGUAAAUUUAUUUACUUUUCUUUGAGUUUCUUCUUGAGUCCUCAGUUUCUUGAUUUACGAGUGAUUUCUUGAAUUAUCUUUUUCUUGGUUUCCUGUCUCUAUGGGACUCUGUCAUGGAAAACCCAUUGAGACCCAACAACACGAAUCCAACAACCAUACACUCUCCUUUGAAACCGACUCACAACCACCAAAUUCCCGCGCCAGCAGGGCUUCUAACCCUUUCUAUAGUCCAAGUCCGUUGCCAAGCCUCUUCAAGUACUCACCUGCAAUAUCAAGUGUAAGCUCCACUCCUUUGCGGAUUUUCAAGAGGCCCUUUCCACCUCCUUCUCCUGCAAAGCACAUUCGUGCAUUGCUUGCACGAAGGCAUGGCUCUGUUAGGCCCAAUGAAGCCCCUAUCCCUGAGGGUAGUGAGAGUGAGAUCGCUCUGGACAUGAAUUUUGGGUUCUCCAAGCAGUUUGCGAGCCAUUAUGAGCUUGGUGAGGAGGUGGGGCGUGGUCAUUUUGGGUAUACUUGCUCUGCCAAGGCCAAGAAAGGCAACAUGAAAGGCCAGGAUGUGGCCGUCAAAGUUAUUCCUAAGUCUAAGAUGACCACUGCAAUUGCUAUUGAGGAUGUAAGAUGGGAAGUCCAAAUAUUACGAGCUCUAACUGGACAUAAGAACCUGGUACAGUUCUAUGACGCCUACGAAGAUGAUGAGAAUGUCUACGUUGUGAUGGAGUUGUGCAAAGGUGGUGAACUAUUGGAUAGGAUUCUUGCAAGGGUUGGAAAAUACUCAGAAGAUGAUGCAAAGACUGUUAUGGUUCAGAUAUUAAGUGUAGUUGCCUACUGUCAUCUCCAAGGUGUAGUUCAUCGUGAUCUGAGGCCAGAGAAUUUUUGGUUCACUAUUAAGGAGGAGAGUUCCCCAUUGAAGGCAAUUGAUUUUGGACUAUCUGACCAUGUAAAGCCAGAUGAAAGGUUGAAUGACAUUGUAGGAGGUGCAUAUUGUGUAGCUCCUGAAGUUCUACAUCAAUCAUAUGGGACUGAAGCAGACAUGUGGAGUAUUGGUGUAAUUGCUUAUGUUCUUCUAUGUGGCAGCUGGCCGUUUUGGGCACGGACAGAAUCUGGCAUCUUUCGAGCUGUCCUCAAAGCAGAUCCAAUAUUUGAUGAUGCUCCUUGGACUUCUUUAUCCCCAGAAGCAAUAGACUUUGUGAAGAGGUUGUUGAACAAGGACUAUCGUAAGAGACUGACUGCUGCUCAGGCCCUAAGUCAUCCAUGGUUAGCCAAUCAUCAUGACAUAAAGAUCCCAUUGGAUAUGAUUGUAUACAAGCUUGUAAAGACUUGUAUCUACUCAUCUUCUCUGAGGAAAUCUGCACUGGGGGCUCUGGCAAAGACAUUGACCAUAGCCCAGCUAGCUUACCUCCGGGAACAAUUUACACUGUUAGGGCCAAGCAAAAAUGGAUUCAUUUCUAUGUCAAACUUUAAGAUGGCAGUAGUAAAGAACUCCACAGAUGCGGUGAAGGAUUCGAGGGUCCUUGAUUAUGUUAGCAUGGUUAGUUCUCUCCAAUAUAGAAAAUUGGAUUUUGAAGAAUUUUGUGCAGCUGCCAUUAGUGUUCAUCAACUAGAAGGAAUGGAUUGUUGGGAGCAACAUGCAAGGCGUGCCUAUGAGUUGUUUGAGAAGGAUGGCAACAGACCUAUUAUGAUAGAGGAACUUGCGUCAGAGCUUCGUCUUAGCCCAUCAGUACCAGUUCAUGUGGUUCUCCAAGACUGGAUAAGACAUGCAGAUGGCAAGCUAAGUUUCUUGGGCUUUGUUAGGCUUCUUCAUGGGGUUUCUUCGCGCACAUUUCGGAAGGCUUGAAAAUACCCACCUAUACAGAAUAUUUUCUUUUCUCGAUUGCUUUGGCUCUCCUUGACCUGAAUCGUUGCAAGGGGAUACAAUGGCAUGCCCAGUUUUACCCAAAACAACCAUGUGUUCUGUUGAUCACUGUGAAGAGUGCUGCAAGUUAAAGAUUUAGCAGAUGUGGCAUGCCUUUGCUAAAUGGAACCAUUUCUGGCAUGGUCUCAUGUCAAUCAACUAAAGAAGAUUGCAAUGGCGAGUACUUUUUCGCCCCAGAUCCAAGCAAUGUAGCUUGUAUUACUAAUCUCCAAGCUGUCAAAAAUUGCCUUGAAAAGAUAUAUUUUCCCAAUGUAUUGGAGCCAAAAUGUUCUGAAUUUCUUUCUUCAAAACCAAUUACACUAGAGUGGAAUACUCGGGACAGUCAUCUGGAAAAUACUUUUCUUGAUGUUCUUGUUUCAACUGCUUAGCUUCCACAACCAUGGUGUUGUAUUUACAACAUGGUGCUGUCAUAUAUUUGGGCUAAUGAUAAAACUGUCCAAGCAGCUCUUCAUGUUCGAGAGGGAACCAUAAAGGGUUGGGAGAGAUACAAUAGCAGCUUAAAUUCCACUAAUUACACACAUGAUAUCACAUCAAGUGUUUCGUAUCAACAAAACCUUACCAAGAAAGGCUUUCAUGCUUUAAUUUACAG